AUGGUUGACCAAGAGAAUAAAACCUCAGAGCUGCACGAACAGAUGCCGGCUGAAAUUAAACAAGAUGGCGCCUGCAUCUCUCUGGAGAGUGUAAACCGUAUCUCUAAAUUGCCAAUGGUUGAAAGUACUCUUCAAACAAGCAAACACAUUUACGAUAAAGUGAAGGAUUUCAACAACUUGACCAAUUGGACAAUGUCAACCGCUGAAAACACGGUCCACAAGGCAAUGGAAGUUGGAAAACCUUACGCAACUCCAGUACUUCAGUCUCUGGACGGACCUAUUAAGAAAGUCGAUGGAAUUAUCUGCAGUGGAUUGGACUAUGUUGAAGCGAAGGUCCCAGCAGUCAAAUUACCACCCGGCGAAUUAUACACUUCCACUAAGGAUUACAUUGCCAACAAUCCCACAGUAGUCACGGCAUGUUCCGUUGUUAAACCCGCCGUAGACACUGCCAAAAGUUACGUUGCCACUGCCGGAUCAACCGUCAAUGUUACAGUUCAAGGUGCCAAAACAAUGGUGGAGCCAGUUUUCGAUUCAGCAAAGAAAGCCGUUGAACCAGCCCUAGAGUCCGCCCGAAACAUUGUAGAACCCUAUGUGGAAUCGUCAAAGGAAAAAGCAGCCGCCAUCCGGGACUUUGGCGCGCAGAAAAUCGACGAAUACCUGUACACCUCCACACCAGGCAAAGAAGCAGGUAAUAAUUCCACGUGCAUCGAUAGUAACACCAGCUAUGCAUCGACCAAUGACUCAUCACUCACUUCAGCCACUGGCACCGAAGCAUCCUCUGAUAGCGAAUAG